AUGUCUCGCCUACCGACUCGCCAUGCGCUACUCCCGAUCGAACUGAUUACUCUCACCCGAUCAUGUGCCGCGACUUGGACGUGGUAUGCAGCACCUCGGUCUCGACUGGCGCUUGGACCUCCACGGCGACUGGGUGCGCAACGCUCCUUCUCCGCCGCGCCGGCAUCCCAGCACAAGAAGCAGUUCUUCGUCACCACCCCGAUAUACUACGUCAAUGCCGGUGAGAGCACCCUCAGCUGGGGAUCGUUUAUGUUCCCGGCCCCCGUUCUCACACCGUAGCCCUCCCUCCUCCGCCGCAGAUCCCCACAUAGGUCACCUUCACUCGACCCUCCUCGCCGACGUCCUUGCGCGCUACAACACCCUACGUCACUCGACCCACGGCAAUCCGUGCAGUUCCCUACUCUGCACCGGAACGGAUGAACAUGGGCUCAAGAUACAACGCGUCGCAGAGGCGCAGCGUAUCGCCCCUCUGGAACUGUGCGAUCGGGUUUCGCAGACGUUCAGGGUCAGUUGGGCUCCCUUUUCUGUGGAAUUUGCACGUUGAGGGCUAAACCGACCUUCGCCUCGACUAGGACUUGGCCAAUCUAGCCGGUAUUCAACCUCAUACCUUCAUCCGCACGACCCAACCGAGGCAUCGGCAAGCCGUGGAACACCUUUGGGUCAGUUUGAUCCGGCGAAGCUCACGCGUACGACAUCUGAUCGAACCUCUACCCACCCCAGAGAGAAUUGAAAAAUAAAGGCUACAUCUACAAAUCGUCCUAUGCGGGCUGGUACGCCGUCUCGGACGAAGCCUACUACUCGGAGAACCAAGUCACCGAUACCGUCGACCCUACAACGGGCGAUCAAAUCAAGGUCAGCUCUUCAUUAGGUGCUGAGAUGAUGUCCAACUGACUGAGAAUAUGUAUCCUCGCAGACCUCGAUCGAGACUGGAUCGCGCGUCGAAUGGAUGCAAGAGGACAACUACAAGUUCCGCCUCUCGGCCUUUAGGAAACCUUUGCUCGAAUGGCUCGCGUCCGAACCGAAUCGCACGUCCAUCGGACACACCUCUUGCCCCUCCCUGAAAAGUUCAUCCUCUGACCUCUACCUCGUCCCAUUUCACAGCGCUUCAACCCCCCUCUCGAACCACCUCCCUCCUCGCCUCCAUCUCCUCACCCGACAGUCCAGACCUGCAAGACCUAUCCAUUUCCCGGCCUUCGUCGCGCUUGACUUGGGGCAUCCCUGUACCUGAUGACCCGGAUCAUACCAUCUACGUCUGGAUCGACGCUUUGGUCAAUUACAUGACUGUGACGGGGUACCCUUGGACGCCGGCGGGAGCGAAAAUGAAUCUGGCAUGGCCUCCGGAUCGGAUGGUCGUGGGCAAGGAUAUCAUUCGGUACGUUGCUGAACUUCAUCCUGAAGGUACCUCACCCCUACUGACACUUUCUACCACGUCACUCACCAGCUUCCACGCGCUCUACCUCCCCGCCGUACUCCUCGCCCUCGACCUCCCUUUACCCAAACACCUCCUCGCCCACGGUCAUUGGACCAUGGACAAGUUCAAAAUGUCCAAAUCGCGCGGCAACGUCGCCUCCCCUUUUACCGCCAUCCAAAAAUGGGGUCUGGACGCCAUGCGAUGCUACCUCAUGAAAGUCGGUGGCAACUCGGCCGUCGAUGCGGAUUAUUCGGACGAAGCGAUCGAGGUGUUUUAUAAGAAGAGCUUGAAGGGGCAGAUGGGGAACUUGAUUAGUCGGAUCGGGAAUAAAAAAAUGGUGCAGAGGGCGGAGGAGGGAGGGAGGAAGUUGUGGGAUGUGCCUAAGGUUGUGGAGGAGGUCGAUGAGGAGGUUAGGAAGGCGUUGAUCGAGUUGAGAGGUGAGUUUAUUCUUUCGGAUCUUUCGGGUUCGUCCAGGCGGGAUUUAAUUGCUGACUCUCGAAUGAUUGAUGCGGGAAGACACGUUCGAGUCCCAUAUGAACAAGUUUGAGCUUCAUCGAGCCCUCAAUGCCUUGUUCGACGCCCUCACCCUCGCUAACAAACAUAUUCAACAACUCGAGCCUUGGGCAGAGACCUCCUCCUCCGAAACCGUUCAUCGCGCAUUAUUCUAUUCCUCCGAAACACUACGAAUCAUUGCUAUUCUCGUUCGACCCGUGAUGCCCCAAAAGUCGAAACAAUUACUCGACAUGUUGGGCGUAGCUGAGGAGAAGAGGGGUUGGGAGGACGCCGUUUUAGGUCAAGGUGGGGAAAGGACGUUGGAUGUCCUAGGCAGGGAUCAAUUGUUCCCAGGUUUAACGGUCAAGAAGCCCAAGGGUGGUGACGGUCGGGAUAUCGUCUCGCCUCUUUCUACAGGCUUGAGUAAUGCAGUUAUCCUUUGA